GGACAGAUGGGUAUCCGAGGCUUGUGGACGUAUAUUCAAAGUAACAGUGAAAACUUCUCCUCGUAUGAAUUGCAUAACCAACCUUUAGUUAUUGAUGCUGAAAACUUCGCUUCUCUCUGUUAUCGUCAAGCUGCUUUGCGAUGUGAAUAUGGUGGAGAGUAUUUGGCAUUUAAAGUUUAUGUCCAGUUAUUCCUAAAACAGUUUCGUAUCUGUCGUGUGAACCCAAUCUUCGUUUUUGAUGGAUGUCAUUCUAAAGAGAACACGUCCUACUAUCAAAGACGUAUCCAUGCUAUAUUUAACUGGAUCUUACAAUUCUGUGAUAUGAAACAACCAUUGUCAUUAAUUCUGUCACUUUACAGCCAAAAUGAAAGGGAUGAUAUUGAGGAGACAAUACGUUCGGGGAUUUCGGAUUAUUUUCUGAAUAUUUCAGGUGAAAACCUGGCUCAUGCAUUAGGAUUUUCAAACAAACACUAUGUCUCAUUAAGUGUCCCAUCAUCAAGCAAACUUGAAAAGUCAAACAUUCAAAACUCCACAACUUCAUGGGGUUCCUGCUUUGAAGAUCCUUUCAAAUUUUCUAAACCUAUUUUUGAGCGGAAUAAUGAUAAAGUUAGUAUAUUUCACCAUUGGCCGAAAGAAUUGAUUAAACGAUUUAAAUCUUUGGAAUUAAUCCCAAGCUUUUUGGACUACAUGUAUGUGCGAAAUGGCGUUGUACCUCGUCAAGUAGUGGAGGAUAUAAAGAGUCCUAAUUCAAUUAACGAAUGUAUGUCUAAAAUGAGAAGUAUUUUAAAUGGACUUAUAUAUGGCCUUGAAAAACACUUAGGCACUAAUGAAAAGUUAUGUGGAAUGGAGAAUGAGUGUGUCACUGAGUACAGAAGAAGUUCGAAUGGUCAAUUGACGAAGACUUUAAUUUCCGUGAAGCCUCUUAAACCACCUUGUGCUAAAACACCUGAAUUUUCGUUCGUGUCUUUUUUCUCCCAGUCUUUUAAUGUGAAUUUAGUAAAAGAUUUUAAACCUCUUGAAAUACAAGGUUUAGCUGUUUUAUUAGUUCUAUGGUUCAGAUCUUCAUUUCAUGCUCAAUCUAAAGCUAAAAACAUUCAAACAUCACCGGUUGGACUUGCCCUAUCAUGUUGCGCAAUCGCUAUCAAUUUAAAUUGUGAAUUUCUUGGUAGAAAUAAUACUUUUGAAGAUUUUGUCAACUCUAUUUGCACACAUUUCAAUAAAUGUGCUGAUUUAGCAAAAUCAGUUUAUUGCCAAAGAAAUUCACCUUUCUUUUGUAUCGAAGAUGUUCACCAACUUAAUGAAUUGCAAAGUAUGGCCUCUGGAUUAAAUCAUUUAGUUGCACUGAUUGAGGUGCUUUGUCCGUUUUAUGUCUCAAAUAUUGAUGAAUUUGAUACUUCACAUUUAAAAAAUUCUUUCAUAAGCUUUUAUCCACUUUGGAUGUUAUUUGCCAGUGGACGUCUUAUAUACUGGAUUGGUCGACUUUUACAAAGUCUAGAUCCGUCUGAGCGUUUCCAUAAAGUCAUAAAUGAUUGGCUUCCAAAAUUGCUCAUUAAAACCAAUUUUAUCAGUCAACAACAGGACUGCGCCCAAAGAGAUUUUACCAAACUUUUCAAUCUAAUUGAUAAGUUGAACUGAUAAAAUUUGUAGUUUCUAUUAUCAACGGUAGUAUUUAUUUUUGAUAGACCUUCAUUUACGAUUGUUUUACUUAAUUUUAUAAACAUACAUAACACUUCCAUGGUUUUUGUUUAAACUUUUAACUCAUUCAUUUGCACACCUAUUUUUCUAACAACUAUAAUCAUCCACAUACUUUAAUGUAUACUUCAUACUGUCUUGCUGCACCUUUAUUUUAGCAAAGGUAGUAAGGAUAUAAAAAAAGAAGUAUUUAUCCGA